CAGGAAGUUUGUCUUUCCUGGACCGAAACCAUAUCCGGUAUUUGACUGAACUGUUGAAGUUAGACUUCUGGGAGGUCUCCCUCUUCUUCACAAGAGAAAGAAGCUUUCCUCGUCAAAGAUUUUAGGUGUCAAACGUUAUUAGCGUUCGUUCCGCCGUAUCUGCUUUCAUUCACAACAUUGCAAUCUUCAACCUCUGGAGCCAUUGAUGUUGAAGAAUGAAAUAGAACCUUCUCACCUUUGGGGUUCCUUCUUCUUAACAGAGGAAUUCGCCUCUGUCUGAGUCCAUCUUUCUCCCGUGGUUCACUUUCGACAUGAAGAUCGUCCUGAUUCAAAAUCUUCUGAAUCUCUCUUGUGCCCCAGCUCGAAAAUAUCACAAUGGAAGUCGCGUGCGGAUCUGAUCAUGGGCAUCUGCCACACCCGAUUAAAACUGCAGGAAUCAACGCGAAUGGAAUUGCUGCCAUCUCGGCGCCUCUGUUUCAUAGAACGUCAUUAUGUAGGAUACUUUUCACCCCAAAAUAUAACUCAUUUGCCGCAAUCGCACCCACACUCUUUACAUCGUUCAUCGACCACGUCCACGCACCCACAUAUCUCCAACGUUUUUCGUCUGCCGGCAACCUCACGCAAGCCGCUGCUGUCUCCCGAAUUCUACUACUUCCGACCAGCAUCCCGAGCAACACACACCAGCUAAAUGAACUUGCGUUGAUGAAAGCUGAUUACGUAGAGAUGGAGUCUCCAUUUUGACCCACGAUUCCAGACCUACGUGCCCGCAGAUCGUAAGGAUUUGUAUGUUGACAUACUUUCACGAUGUCCGAUCAUCCGAUCCUGUCUCAAAUCCGCUCCCCUCCCACCAAAAUCCUUUUUCUAUGACUAGUGAUUAUCUCAACAGAUAAUUGACUCUCGAACCUCUCUGAGUCUGGCUGUGAGGUGGCUGAAGAUGGAAGCUCGAAGCCUAGCAGCCCCGCAC